AUUUGUAUUCCCAUGGGAUUAAUUGGAUUCCUGGAGCGAUAACAAAGUCGGAUAAGAUAGCCAUCACUGCUAGGAUUGCUCUACCACUCACGUUGCUCACAUUACCUGCCCCCUGGACCAAGUGUUGGGACCAUCAAUGGAGCAAAGAGAACUCGGGGCCGGGUUUGGUGUCAGUGACAGCAUGUCCGACCACUGCACCCUGCCAGAGAGGGUGAGGGGCUUGCUGCCUGUCCCAGAGGAGGGUCUCCCUGAGUUGGGGGGGCGAGUUGAGCCUGAACAAGAAGAUGACCUCACCAUGGGUGAGGAUGAAUAUUCCAUCUCGAACCUGGACAGUGAGAAGUGGGCACAGGGUGACGGGCUGGAGGAGCAGGAGUUCUCCAUCAAGGAGGCCAGCUUUGCUCAGGGCAGCCUUAAGCUGAAGAUCCAGACCACCAAGCGGACCAAGAAGCCCCCCAAGAUCCUGGAGAACUACAUCUGCCCUCCCGAGAUCCGCAUUACCAUCAAACAGCCUGGGGAGCAGAAACCAACCAAGCUGGUCAGGUGCAGCCUUGGGGACCAGGAGGAGGAGAGUGUCAUUCCUCGAAAGAAGAUCUGUGAUACCCCUUGUACACCUACUGAACAAAAUCCGAGUGAUUCUGUGGAAGAGCUUCUGGGAGAAUCCUUAAAGCCAAAGCAGCAGCCCAGGAGCCAUCUUCAGCAUCAGAUAGAGUGGACACAGCCACCAGCAGGAGGGGGCUCACCUGAAGGAAAUGAUGUGAUUGAUUGCAAAUCGAAAAGCGAACCAACAGUAUUUAACGAGAACUCUUUCCCAGAUUUGUCAAACACUAUCACCAAGUCGCUGCAAAGAAAAGCAACAGGAAACCUAUCUUCAGGUCUCUUCAGUUCAGGAAUGGCAAGCCAAAUCCCUGGUUCCCAAAUGAAGCCACCUUCUGCUGCAAAUAUGCCACCAGCUACACAGACAAACAGCAAUCAAAUGAUGCUUACUACUUCAAACAAAGACAAAGGUUUGCAGGAGGUUACUGAGCUAGUAUUUGGGAACAUCAAGAGGAAGUAUGGCCGAAAAGACUCAAUAAGAAAUAUGGUAGCCUAUUCUUUAGAGUUUCAGCAGGGGAAGAAGGCAGAAAAGAACCUAGACACUGACGCUCAAGAUAAAACUAAAGAGAGGCACAUAAGCCUGUUGGAGAAAACUGCUGAGCUUACUUCUGGAGAGACAGAGUCUACAAGGCAGAAAGCAGAGAAGGAAAGUGAGCUUCUUACAGUGACUGUUCCACAGAGGAGCAGUGAGUCCAUAGUGCAUUCUUGGAGAAAGCGACGAUAUGGAGAGUCAUUGAAACAUGCCGCCACCUUGGAAGAUUUAACAGAAGAAACUUCUGAGUUAAACAGAAAAACUGGCAGGGGUUUAUCAGAACCAAAACCUCCAAAUAAGAUUGAGCCAAAGACAGCAAAGCAGGUGGAGGAUGGUCAGCCUGAGGCAGUGACUGCAGUAGCUGUGACUGAAAUGAUUGACAUAUUUAAGAAUAGACUGCGAAAAAACCCUGCAAGGAAGCUGGAUAAGCUGACUGAUUCAAGUGAUCAAACUGAUACUAAACUUAUAAACCCAAAAGGCAAGGAGAGCUGGUCAUAUCUGAAGUCCAAAAACUCCACUCACCAGGAAAACAGCAAUGGUCUAACAGCGAAUGUCUCAGAGCCUCCCUCAGCUUACCCCAUCACACCCUCUAGCCCACUCUAUACUAACACUGACAGCUUGACUGUUAUCACCCCUCUUAAAAAGAAGCGCGGGCGGCCGAAAAAGCAACCUUUGCUAACAGUAGAAACCAUUCAUGAGGGAACCUCUAAUGGUCCUUUAAGCCCCAUUGCCGAGGAAUCACAUGGCACUUUGAAGAAAAGAAAGAAUAAGCAUAAUUGUCCCAAACUGUUCGAGGUAAAAGCACCUCCUGGUAAUCAGGUAAAGCAUAAUAGAAAUACAGGCCAAGUGGGCGUUCGAGACAAGAACAACAAGAAGAUAAAAAUGAUGAAGAUGAAGCACAUCUUAAAUGAAAUUUUGUCAUGUUCUGCUAAUAGCAAUUUGGUCUUAAAAUCUAAGACUCCUGUGUCAAAUACCGUUUCAACUGUGGCAUCAAAAAUUGAAGCACGUCUGGGCAAGCAGAUCAAUAUAAGUAAGCGAGGGACUAUUUACAUUGGUAAAAAGAGAGGUAGGAAGCCCAAAGCUGAGGUUCAGGUACAGGUACGGCAAGAUCAGUACAAAGUCAGUGAUAAGUGCUCUGCCUCUAGCCAGUUUGAGAAUCCAGCAGUGCCUUUUAAUCCACAGUCCACAGCUGGGAUAGCUUCUCCCAGGACUGUCCACUCAAUCUCUGCCCAAGCCACUGGAGCUGGUGGGAUACUAUGCCCUGUCAACACAGAAAUUAGUUUGCAAGAGUCAAAGACUAUGCCACACCUGCAGCCUGUCAGUGCACUGCCCACGAGAGCUCCUAGAGGCUACCACAGUGGUAACUGGAAGCUGUCUCCCCCUCAACUCAUGACCAACUCGCCUUCCCAUCUCUCUGAGGUGGCCUCUCUCAAAGAGGUUACCUUGUCUCCUGUCAGCGAGUCCCACAGUGAGGAGACGAUCCCAAGCGACAGCGGGAUUGGCACUGACAACAACAGCACAUCUGACCAAGCUGAGAAAGGCCCAACAUCUCGCAGAAGGUACUCUUUUGACUUCUGCAGCCUCGAGCCCUCUGAAGCUGCUGCAUUAGAUGCCACCAGCAGAGCUAAAAGAGGGCACUGUUCAAAGCAUGUCACCGCGGCUACAGUAGGGACUUUCCUCUCCCAAGAGAGCCUUAAGAAGCAGAAGCACCGGCGCAAGCGGAAGGGUCUUCAGCGCCGGGACGACCUUCAGUUUCUGGCUGACCUUGACGAACUUAUUGGCAAGUUCCAGGUCUUCCGUAUCUCCCACCAUAGCUACAGAAUAUAUCAUGAGAAUUCGUAUCCCAGCAUCUUUCGGAUGAACUUUGACCAUUACUACCCAGUGCCGUACAUACCUUUUGAUCCACUGUAUUAUUUUCGUAGGAAUUCAGAAAUGAAGUCUAAAAAGCGGCGUGGUAGGCCAGCCAAAGACAAUGCGCCAAUGUCAAAAAUGCCUUUCAUCCCAGGAUUUGGCUACCCAUUUCCCAGUGGCAAUUACUAUGCACCUUAUGCAAUGCCUUACACACCAAUGCCUGUUGCCACCAGUAUGAACUUGGGUUAUUAUGGUCAGUAUCCAGCUCCUUUGUUCUUGUCUCAUACUCUUGGGGCAGCAACCUCCUCUUUCCUAAGGCCAGCAACUACACCAUCUAAGUUCCCUUCUAGUGCCCAUGUAAAGUUAACUGCUGCUGCCAAACACAAGAUCAAACUCAGUUCUCAACCGAAGCCCCCCGCUGGAAUGGACAAUAAUCAUCCAUUGUUAGAGGCUCCCAAAGGUGGCAGCAGUAACUUAAGUAGUGUCUGGCUUCACAAACGCAAACACAAACACAAGCACAAACAUAGUGAGGAUCAGUCCAGGUCUAAGAGGGAAGACCUGGGUGGGCUCUUCAGUGGAACAAAGAACCCUUGUGUCCUAACGGUUCUAAGUGAAGAGUUGGGAAUUUCAGACAAAGGGCCCACAUUGCCAAAGCGAAAAGAUAAGCAACGGAACCAGCAGAACACAGACACACUGCUAAGAAGCUCCAGGAACAUCUUUGAGAUGGACUCUCGCACCACAUUGUCUCUGUCUGACUCGCAGCAGUGGAAGUGUGCACGAGAGCGAGGGGAAGCAGUACAUGAUCUCCAUUCUGCCUGCUCCAGCCUGUGCACAGAGGGCAUUCGGAAUGCCAAGGAUGUGCCAUCUGACCUGUUAAGAAGGGUGCAGUCUUCUCAGGAACUCCAGUCUGGAAUCAGAAACGUGAGGCAGAGCUUGGAGACCUUUGGGGUGUUCAGAGAGCAAAACAUGGUGCCGUUCAGAAACAGCAGGGGGGAGAAGGUGCAGAGCACAUUCCAGUGCUUAAGUCCAUCAUUGGAAGAACACAGUCGUUCGUUGAAGAAGAGGUUCAAACGGGCUGAGAUCGAGGAGAUUCAGUGCGAGGUGCGCAAGAUGUGCGCCUUCUCCAAGAUCCUCUCCACCAAGAAGAACCUGGGUCACGUCAACAAGAUCCUGAAGGCAAAGAGACUCCAGAGGCAGGCCAAAACGGGCAACAACAUCGUGAAGAAGAGGCGAGGAAGGCCCAGGAAGCAGCCUUUGUCUCCGGAGGACGAGGGUGUGGGCCAGAUGCCCGUUCUGGAGAGGUGUGUGGACCUCCCGGGCAGGAAGAGUUCCUAUCCCACCCUGGCGCCUGAACUCCUGGAGUUCUCCAACCAGGACUCCAUCAUGGACGCCAUUGAGUCAGUGGUGCUCAUGGCCCGUGCGCAGCCCAAGUCCCAGCCUGUGCGGGGUGGCAAACGCUGGCACAAGACCUCUGAGGACACCCGGCCCAAGAGGCCACGGAGAUGUCGGGGGGACAUGCAGGAAGAGGUCGCCAUGGCCGAAAGAAAGCAAAGCAGCUCUGGCCUUUUGGCAGCCAGAUACUCCUCAGUGCAUUCAGCACUGUGAAUCCUCCCUGCACUUUAACCUUUCAAUGUUAUGGAGGAUUCAGGUGGAGAGCAUGGUACUUCUUUUUAGCUUCAGCUUCUAAUUGAAUAGAGAAAGAAAUACAUUGCACCUUUCUGACAUGUUUCCUUGCGACAGAUAUGACUUUGUUAAGCUAGCGGAGCAUCUUAACUCUCAACACCUGACAACUGUGGCCCUGCCAUAACUUUACCAGCAAAAAAAGUAUUUUUUUCACUGAUCUAUUUGCAUAUGCUGUGCAGCUCUUGCCUUUGAUUUUUUUUAUAUCAUCAAAGUGCAUUACAUUCUGUAUGGUGAUUAUUUCCACACAUUACAUACAUUAUUACUUUAUGCCAAUGACUCCACCCCUUUCUUCAGUUUCUCUAAUAGCGGGUUGCAGUAUUGUAGAUGAAAACCCACAUGAGUGUAUUCCUCCAGCUUCUGACACAAGAGGUCUAAAUGUAUAUACAAAACUUCUCUUCUUGUGGGACAUGCCUUUGUACAGUGUUUCUGACAGUAUUUUUGACAUAUUGGAUUAUGAAAUGACAAAUUGUUGUACCCUCAAACUUGGGUAUUGUUUUUAACCAAAAAAUGAGAUUCCUAUGACUCUGGUGGUUGAGUAGAAACUCCAGGCAAGUUUGUGUUGAAGGGAAGGACCCAUGUUUUGGGGUAUUCUGCACAUAUGUAAGUAUCAUGCUUAUUAAUAGGAAGGUAUCCAAAAGUAUCUCUUCUUGCUUUUGAUAUGGCAUAUAAUGCAAAGGUACUUGUACAUGUUAAGAAAUAUUUACUAUACAUAAUUUCUAUACAAAUUCUAUGUAUUUAACCAAC